AUGACAGAUAUAUUCCGGAUCGACGCCCUUGGAGGGACGUCAGGAGAAGUGCUGGAGGAGCUGCUUCGUCUCUCGCCCUCCCUGCAUCCUGCCCUCGCCCUCCCCUCGCCUCCUGCCGUGGCCGUGGGCGUGUUUUCGACUCCCAGAGACGCUGCCGGAGUAACACAGGCGGCAGCGAUAUUGCGAGGAACCCACUUGGUAGCUCGUCACAUUUCUCCUGCCGCCACAUCCUCAAUGUGUGGGAGUCGUGCCGGGUGCGUGGUCGUGGCCAAGCCCCACGACCGCUACCAGCCGCGACGGAUCCUGCACGACCACCUGAACGACCCGUCCGCAAUCGCCAAUGUCCUGCGAUAUGCGACCUUACCCGUUAUGGGACGACUCGACCCAGAGCGCUACGCCGCCCUGACCCAGUCCGGGGGCGCCAGCGCAGAUGACCUGACUCCCGACCAGUACCACGUGAUCCUGUUCUUGCCGGCCGCGUCCUCAGAGUUCCCGCCAGGCGCCCGGGAGCCGAGAGACGCUGCCCUGGACGCUGUGGGCCAGGUGGCGGCGGAGGCGGCGGGCCCCGGCCUCACCUUUUCCUGGCUCUCUAUGGACGACCCGACCGCCAGGGACAUUUCGCGCACCUACGGCCUGGACGAGAGCAGGCGCGUCCUGGUCGCCGUAAACCUGCGCGCCAAGACGGUCACCGUUUACCCUCGCGCCGACUUGGACCCUUCGUCUCUCCUGCCGUGGCUGCAGGAAGUCAGGGUCGGCGCUUUGGAACACACCUUGACGCUGGCUGACAACGCCUGGGAGCCAAGUUUGGCCGGAAUCGACUACCUACGGCUUCUGGAGGAGGACGCGGUAAGAGAGGCAGAGGAUAACCUUAUUCUCGAGAUGGAGGCCGACCUCAGCACUCGAGCCUCAGCAGAUGACGGUCUCAUGGAUCCUUUGUUCGUCCACGAGGAUUUGUGAUUGUGAUGUCAGGUGCCCACGACAUUCUGACAGCAUCUGACUGACGCCCGAAUGCUGUCGGAUUGUGCUGUAUUUAGUGUGUUGGCUUUGCUUCUUUUUUUCUUCUUCCUUUUCCUCCUUCCUCUCCUUCUUUUUCUGCUUCAUCUUCUCCUCCUCCUCCUUCUCCUCCCUUACCUUUUCCUCCUCCUCCCUCUCCUUCUGCUCCUCUUCGUCCUCCUCUUUCUUCCUCUUCUUUUUCUUCUCCUCCCCUUUCUCCUCCUCCUUGUCCUCCUCUUUCUUCUUCUUCUUUUUCUUCUUAGUUUCCAUCUCAUCCUAUCCUCUACACCUUCGUCUGAUACACCAUCCGGUAGUAUAUCCUCUCUCACCACAUCAUAAAUCCUCUUUCUUAACUUUCCUUAUCUUACAUCAAGCGACUUUGUCCUCAUCAUCCAUCCCCUCCCCUCCCCAUACCCCUCAUUCCUCCUCUCCAUGCCCAUACCCUCUCUUUCACUUCGUGUCUUUAUGUGACGAGAUUGUGUAAGUGUAGCAAACCCAGAAUUACUAUUGCUUACGCUGAGGCCGUCUGCAAAUCUACAUUCCACUGAAAAGCUAUUUGUACCGGGAUAUUGCUGUGAGAUGUCUGGUACUUGUCUGAUAUCUAUUGUGGAUUUUAUAUCUACUGUAUUGUGCCUGUAUUAUGUUACGAGGUGUAAAGCCGAAAUGACUAUUAUGAACUAUUCUUCAAUUAAAGUUUAGAAAAUA